AUGGCGCCUCGAGGACCAGCGUCCGCUUUCGAGAGCGAAACCUUUGGCCAGGAUGCGUCCUUUCGCCUCGAGCAGCCGGUUGGUUCAAUGUCCAUCUCGCCCAGCGGCCGCGAUGUAGCACUGGCCUCCAAAGAAGGACUACACAUUAUCGAUCUAGACUCGCCAUAUUCGCCGCCUCGCUACCUUCCACACCGCACUCCCUGGGAAGUGGCCGACGUGCAGUGGUCUCCAUUCGCCGUUCGAGACUACUGGGUCGUUAGUACAUCGAAUCAGAAGGCGCUUGUCUGGAACCUGGCGGCUCGCUCAUGGCAGGAUUGGAUUGAAUUUGUCCUUCACGGCCAUACAAGGGCCAUCACCGACAUCAAUUUUUCGGCGCACAAUCCUGACGUCCUUGCCACUUGUGCGGUGGACAGUUUCGUGCACUGCUGGGAUCUGCGGGCGCCAUUGAGGCCAGUGAACUCAUUUUCGGAUUGGUUUGCUGGGGCAACUCAAGUCAAAUGGAGCCGACAGGAUGAGCACGUCAUUGCCAGCUCUCACGACAAGUUUCUUCAUAUCUGGGACGAUAGGCAUGGCGCCUAUCCUGUGAGAACGAUUGAAGCCCAUGGGACCAAGAUUUCCGGGCUUGACUGGAAUAGACAUCAUCCCAACAAGAUUGUCACCUGUUCCCUUGACAGAUCCAUCAAAUUCUGGGAUCUUGACUAUCAGGAAAAUGUGCCAGAGCGCGUGAUUGAAACUCCCUUUCCCGUCCGGAGAGCACGGCAUACUCCUUUCGGCUGGGGUCUACUGGUGAUGCCCCAACGUGGGAAUCACGAUCUGCAUCUUUACGAUCGACGCCCCGCCAAUGGAAUGCUUCAGAGCGGACCUGUCCAACCAGUGGCAACGUUUGCCGGCCAUGAAGGACAGGUCAAGGAGUUCUUAUGGCGCUCGAGAGGGGCCAUAGUGGACGCCGUGGACAACCGAGAUUUCCAGCUGGUCUCUUGGGGCACUGACCGGGAACUCAGACUUCACGCUCUCGACCGCAGCAUCUAUGCCGACGUUGGCUACGAAAAGGGAGCUUCCAUCGUCCCGAAACUCAACUUCACACGGAGGGGUGCAGUCUACAGGUCCUUCCGCGAUGAGCCAGAAGACUCGGAUUCCCCUGUGGAGCAAAUACAUCGUGGCGAAAUAUUUCCUCGCCCGAGCCAGGUCAUGCAAUUGCGAUACCGCGCAAGUAACAGUGCGGCCAUGAACAAAGUGCCGGUAUCACAGUUUCGAAGCUGGGUGCAGGGGCGUCAGACUCGCAGACCUGGCAUGCACGGCCGCGGUAACAACAGGCAGAGCGCAGACCCAAUUGCGUGGCUGAAGAAUGUCAAGAUAUCCUCCUGGGAUCCCGACACCCUUGCGGAAGAGAUCCGGCAAGUCGGGGAGAAGUUCAAAAAGGUGGACUUCGAGGUGGUCGACAUCUCCCGGCGCAAGGCAGUGAUGUCUCUACAGGCACCGUGGGGUGAGGACCAGAGCCCAGUGUACCUUCGAGUGGAGAUGCGAUUCCCAAAACUAUAUCCUCGCAAUGCAAAUGCCAUUCUCACCUUGCAGAAAUCCGGGUUCAUCGAUGACGAAACACACAAGCUCCUCACGACCGAACUGAAUACGAUAUCGGAAACCUACGCAUCGAGAAAACGAGGAUGUCUCGAAGCCGUCCUUCGCUACUUGCUGCGAGAACAGAACCUUGAGCAGAUCGUGGCUUGGGUCUUGGGAGAAUCUUUGACGGAUUCCAAAGUCCUUGAUACGGGUGCCAUCCCGGCCGAUGACUCGAGCAGUAGUGACGACGAGCAGAUGGAUGGCGUUGGAGAUGGACUCGAUGCAUCGGCGAAUAUCCUGGUGCCAUUGGCAAAGGGCUGCGGCGCGAUCUGGUCCCCCACAGGGAAACUCGUCUGCUUUUUCCCCGCCAAGUCCAAAGAAACAGUCUCUUUGCUGAGCACGAUUGGAGUUGGAGAUCUUGACAACACCGAAUCCAGCGCCCUGUUUCAGGGGUUUGGACGCCUUCACACUAGCUCCCCGGCGCGCAAAGCAACGAGGACAAGGACGACUGAGGAUGAUUCCGACUCAGAAACUUCAGACUCAUCGUGGCAGUCGUCCAGCAGCUCCUCUUCAUCGUUCGAGACGGAGCAGAAUGUUCGAGGUGUUGCGUCGUAUCCUGUCGGUGCCCUGGGGCUGCAACAACGCUCCCGCUCGCCUGACCGAUCCAACAACUCGACAACAGGCAUCAACAAGCUCAACGACAACCCCCGGAAGAGUGCCGUUUCAAUCCAUAAUGUCGAUGAUCUGUUACCCUCGAAACGUGAGUUGGCUGUCCAGUACAGAAUUUUCGGCGACGGCGCUCAGCUCUGCAAACACAACGCAGCCGUUGCUCGUCAAUUGUCCCUUGAGGAUCUAGCCUCGGUCUGGACCCUACUUGGCCUGAUUUUGGAUGACACCGUCCCGUUGGAGGUCAUGCCCGAUCUCAGCCAUUCUGCGCCGAACGACAUAUCCGUUCUGGCUCGAGCUGCCACCAAGAAAAGACCACAGGGCGACAGGGCUGCUGAUCUUGCAGCGAACAGCGCCUUGGGCAGAACACGCUGGGGCAACCACCCGCUCGGCUCGACAUACCUCUUGCCUGCCAUCUUUGACCACUUCGAAAGGCUGGGAGACAUUCAGAUGCUAGCCACCAUGUCUUGCGUGCUUGUCUCGGUCCUCAACCGGGGCACCAUACCUGGAGACCCGGCCGUCGACCCAUGGAACGAUUCUCCUGCGAUUGGCUCUGUGGCCAGAUCCGACUACUUUCCUUCCAGGGCUGUGGCCAAGGCGUUCCUUCAAAGCGAAUUGGCGCCGGAAGGAUACGUGCUUGUUGACUCGAUGAACGCACCUCCAAGUCCCGGGGUAAGCACCGGUGGCUUUUCGCAGAAUCAACGACGAUCCUUCAAAAGCUUGAGCCUGCACUACAGCCAGCUUUCGUCGCGCGCGCAUAGUUUCAGAGCCGAUGACGGGAGCGACCAGGGCCCGGCUCAGUCGGCGCUAUCGCUCUCCACUUCCCCUGAAGGACACAGAUCCAGCCACGGGCCCACCUCAGGUAUCGCAUAUUCCUCCGCUCGUGCCAGCCUCUCAGCACUGACGCAGUCAUACUCCAAUUCUCCACCGAACCAGAGCUCAGGCUCCGGGGUUGCGUCAGGUCUCAAGAAAUACAGUCCCUCGGGGUCACUGGCACCUGGGUGGGUGUCUUCGAGCCUGUUUGGGGGGCAAGGCGGGAACAGACAAGCACGGAUGUCCUUGCAAGGCAGCGACACGGCAAGUCAAGACCACCUGGAGACGAACACACGAACUUCAAUUCCAUCUUCGGCUCUCCGAGCUUCGCGCAAAGACAGUGUCAAGCAAGAGUCAGGAAUCGGUCGUCGGAGCCUCAAAUCUACUGCAUCCUCAGACAAAUCGGCACCCGCCCGGCCGAACACCGCAUCAGGACGCAGAAAGAAGAAGAUCAAAACUCACCUAUUCAAUCAAGACAAGUUUGACCUCGAUGGCUACCCGCUGUCUCCUUUGUUGGACCCUAUACUGGAACGCAGAUGCAGCGGCUACCGGGCAAGCUAUGCGUCCCUACUUGACGUUUGGGAUCUGCCCAUCCAGCGCGCCGAAAUGCUGAAAUUCGACGGGCUGCUAUCCGAACAGGCAAGCGCAACAAAUCAGCUCAAUGGCACGAGCCCGAUGCAGCAGUCGGCAUCGGCAUCUGCUGGUCCCCAUCUGGAACGGCCUGUCAGAAGGAAAACGUUGACAUCUGCGACGCGUGGCCCCAGUCCUGGUCUGACCAUCCGGCGGUGCUGCCGGAACUGUGGGGAUCCACUGGUCCCAAAAGAGAAGAACCGGGUGCGUAUCGGUUGGCGAUGCGUUAACCCGGCUUGCUCUGCGCCAUCCAAGAUAUCCGAGAGGAGCAGCUGCGCCGUGUGCAACACGUCAAUCAAUGGGCUCGCAGUCCCCUGUCUGCAGUGCGGGCACAUGACAUGCUACGACUGCGCGCAGGGCUGGUUUGGCACGCAUCGUAUUCAGAGAGCAAGCACGGCGGAAUCCAGGAGAUCGUCUCAACAAGAACAGUCGCGAGUUUCAGAAGAUGAAGACGAGCACAAUACCUGUCCCACAGGCUGCGGAUGCCCCUGCGUGACAUUGACUGCCGUCAACGCACCAACCACUCCCGGUCUACUGCUGACACAGGCGGGAGCGGGAGCGGAAGACGAGGCAGAGGAAGAAGAAAGCCAAAAUCCAAGCCUGAGCCACAUUGAGACGCCCAAGAAGAAACCUCGCUUCCCCGGGCCCCCAAGCCGGGGCACCUCCGACCUAACCCGCUCAUCGAGCUUCCUCCUCUCCGUGCCCGAAGACUCCACCCCGGGCCCAGGCCCAGGCUCGGACGCGGCGCUGGCCGCAUUCAUAGCCUUGACCCAACGACACCAGCGAUCCAAAUCAACCACUGCCGCCUCCAACGCCAUUCUCGCCAACCUGAGAAACACUAUAUCUGGAUCUUCGGGCAAACAGCCCACCACCACUACCACCACUACCAAAUCUUCCUCAAUCUCCAGUCAGCACCGAUCUCGCGGUGGCGGUGGCGGUGGCGGUGGCGGUGGCGGCGCUGCUGUUGCUGCUGCCCAGAUGAAGAGACAAUCCAGUCAUACCGGACAAGAUGAGGGCAGAUAUGCAGAAGAAGAAGCCGUCCGCGAUGAUGACGACGAGGAAGACGAUGGAGACGGAGACGGAGACGGAGACGAUAACGAUGGACCCAGUCAACCCCCUCCUGCAGAAGAGGUCGGGGACGACGACGAUGCCCGUUUGAAUCCCUGGGUUGGAAGCAAGAUCGCCACUCUGGGCCGGGGGAUAGGCGCCGGCUUAAGUCGUGGGCUUACUUCCAAGGGCAGCGACGCGACGAUCCGGAAGAUAAAAUGA